UACUGGGGAUGUGCUGCCCAGGUCUUUCUCUUUGUCUUUUUCAUUUCGGCAGAGAUUUUUCUUCUCACCGUCAUGGCCUACGACCGCUACGUUGCCAUCUGCAAACCCCUGCACUACGGGGCCCUCAUGGGCAGCAGAGCUUGUGCCCACAUGGCAGCAGCUGCCUGGGGCAGUGCUUUUCCAUAUGCUGUGCUGCACACGGCCAGUACAUUUUCACUGCCACUCUGCCAGGGCAAUGCUGUGGAGCAGUUCUUCUGUGAAAUCCCCCAGAUCCUCAAGCUCUCCUGCUCACACUCCUACCUCAGGGAAGUUGGGAUUAUUGUGGUUAGUACCUGUUUUACCUUUGGGUGUUUUGUUUUCAUUGUGGUGUCCUAUGUGGGGAUCUUCAGGGCCGUGCUGAGGAUCCCCUCUGAGCAGGGCCGCCACAAAGCCCUUUCCACGUGCCUCCCUCACCUGGCUGUGGUCUCUGUCUUCAUCUGCACAGGCAUGUUUACAUACCUGAAGCCCCCAUCCACCUCCUCCCCAUCCCUGGACUUGGUGCUGACAGUUCUGUACUCAGUGGUGCCCCCAGCAGUGAACCCCCUCAUCUACAGCAUGAGGAACCAGGAGCUCAAGGAUGCCAUUAUGAGUGCUUUUCAGAAGCACCAAUGA